AGAACCAGGUCUCUAUAGCAAAAAUUGGAGAUAACGAUUUUGUCGUACCUAAAGUGCUUUUGUAAUUUUAUUUCUUUUUCAAAAAUUUUAAUGAAGGAUUGAAAAGAUGCAUUUUUCCUUCUCGUAAUAGUAGAGAGCGGAAAAUAGGAACAAAAAACCCUGAAUGGCUGAUGAUGUACAAUCUGACCAGAGUGGGUCACAAAAGAUUUUAGGAAAAACUCGUGCUUCAAGAAGAAAUAUUAUACCUGAACAGGGACCGUCAAAUCAAGAUUCAUUACAAACACAGAAAUUUGGAACGGAAGAUUUAAGGGUAAAGAGCAAAAGAAAAUCAAGAGUAUCACAAUCAGAUACACAACUUACCUGCAGUGAUAAAUCUGAUAUUGGAGGUAGAAAGAAAAAAUUUAACAAACAAAGAAAAAAGUUAAAAGAAUCUCAAUCAUCUUCAGAUAUAUUGAGUGAAUCUCUAUCAACAAACCAGGAGAGCUGUAAAUCUGAGUAUAAUCUGACAACUUCUGAAAAUUUUUCAGAGCCUAUUAAGUCACUUAUUAAUUUAACUACUGAGCUUGGUGUUGCAUUAGAUUCUGAAGCGAAAGAAAAUAAAUUAUCUAAAAGCAAAAGUGCAGUUAUAUUACCUGCUCCAUUUUCAGAGGAAACUCAAAAAAUAACCAAAAGUUUCUCUGAUCAGACAUCUCGUAAGCGUAAACAAAAAUUAGCACCUCUAUUUUCACCCAAAAAGUUACGUAGUUCUGUAAAGCAAAGAAUUUCCAAGACGGGUGGCUGGUCUUCUCGAAACAGGAGUCCUCCUGGUCGGAGGACAGCUAGUGUAAACCUGGGGUCUUGUGCUAGUACUAGGAGAAAUAGAAGAUCUCGAGUAGCCAAUUCUCAGCCAACAGUAAUGGAGAAUUCCAGAGAUUUAGAAACCACAGUUGGAAACACAUCAUCUAAUGAAGGCACUGAUGAUGUUGUCAAUGCACCUCUUCUUGGAGCAAUGGCUUCGUUAGCUUCAGUUGAAGGGUUUUCAGGAGGAAGAGAUGCCGGUUCUAACCUUGGGCUUGAAGAAGCAGAUAUAUCUAGAUUACAAGCUUUACUGGAAGCAAGAGGAUUGCCAGCACAUCUUUUUGGCAGUCUUGGUCCCAGAAUGCACCUUCUUCUCCAUAAAACAUUUAAUAGUGGCGCAAGUACAAAAGCUCAACAAUUAAUGACUUCAAUGCAAAGUGGUGACGAGACUCUCCAACUGCAAGGUGUCAUGGAAAUGUGCCAGAUGUUAGUGAUGGGAAAUGAAGAAACAUUAGGAGGAUUUCCAGCCAAACAAGUUGUACCAAUAUUGAUCACACUUCUGCAAAUGGAGCAUAGCUUUGAUAUAAUGAAUCAUGCAUGCCGUGCAUUAACCUAUUUAAUGGAAGCUCUUCCACGAUCCUCUAUUGUAGUAGUAGAUGCAAUACCUUCCCUUUUAGCAAAAUUGCAGUCUAUUCAGUGUAUGGAUGUUGCAGAACAAGCGCUUACUGCACUAGAAAUGCUAUCUAAAAGACAUGGGAAAAAUAUUCUUCAUGCUGGUGGUUUAAAUGCAAGUUUAUUAUUUUUGGAUUUCUUCUCUAUUGUUGCUCAAAGAUCAGCUCUUGCCAUUGCGGCUAACUGCUGCCAAUCAGUUACUGUUGAUGAGUUUAGUUACAUUGUUGAUUCAAUCGAAAUAAUUUCCAAUCAGCUGUUAAAUCAGGAUAAAAGAUCUAUUGAAAGUGUUUGUUUAGCAUUUACUAGAAUAGUUGACAACAUCCAGUCUGAUAAGGCUUUACUGUUAAAGCUUUCUGAACAUGGGCUACUUGCUAAUAUUAAAAAACUGCUUACAAAUCCACCUAUUAUAAGCAGUAGUACUUUCGUGAUGGUCAUUCGUAUGUUAGCCAUUAUGUGUGCAAAUUGUCCCUCUCUUGCUGUAGAAUUACUGAAGCUUGAUAUUUCAGAAACUGUGCAAUAUUUAUUGAUUGGUAGCAAUGAUGUUACUUUGGUUGAUAGUGUAGAAUUAGUUGCUCGUAGUCCACAAGAACUCUAUGAAUUAACUUGCUUAAUAAGUGAACUUAUGCCUAGCUUACCUACAUCUGGGAUAUUUUCUAUUGAUACACAGUUAAGCAAAGGGUUACAACAAAGUACUCAGUCAGGUGUUUGGCAAUGGAAAGAUGAUCUCAAUGUGUGGCAUUCCUAUUUAUGGGUAGAUAACCGAAUAAUAGAAGCAGCAUAUCAAAGUGGAGAGGAUGAAAUAAGUUUGUCAACACUUGGACGAAAUUAUAUAAUUGACUUUCCAAAUAUGCAGCAAAUAAAUGAAGACACGGGAACAAUGCGCUUAAUUCAAAGGAAAUCAGAUCAGGGGCAUGCUACUGUGAACAAAUCUAAAAUAUCUGAAGAAGAUGAGCGAGUUUAUAUUUUUAAAAAUGAACCAGAAAAAGGAAAAAAUCUUGUUCAGUCUUUAAUUAGGAUAGUCUACGUUGUAUAUUAUUCUUCAGUUGGUCCUGCUGUAAAGCAUAAAUGUUUGUGUUCAGCUUUAAAGAUGUUGUAUCAUUCUCCUAGUGAACUUUUACGAGAUGUUCUUCAAAAUAUUCCUAUAUCCAGUUAUAUAGCAGGAAUGCUCUCUUCUAGUGACUUAAGAAUAGUUACUUCAGCAAUGCAAAAAAUUGAAAUUUUAAUGACAAAACUUUCUGAUAUAUUUCAUGUUUAUUUUCGUCGUGAAGGUGUUAUGCAUAAGAUAAAAAUCUUAGCUGAUUCAGAUAUAAAUAAUGACUGGAAAUGUUUGGCAGGCUCCAGUGAAAAGGAUAGUGAUAUAAUUUUAAGAAAAAACCAAAACAACAUUGAGCUUCCUUGUACAAUGCAUGGUGUUUUAGCGCCUCCUGAAACUUCAGAUAUUGUACCAAAACCAUCAAAGUUCUCUGAUGCCUUAAGAAGUAAAAAAAGAGGAGGUUCAAAGUUGACUCGCAGACAAAGUAGUGGAAAGUAUGGAGAAGACCUGCCUCAAUCUUCUUCCAAAAAGCUAUCUCAUGAAACCAUUAGACCUAAGUCAGCAUCUUUUUCUUCAUCCAAUAAUUUGGCAUCAACCAACGCAAACUCAACCAAACGAUCUUUUUUUUCUAACUUUGCACCUAGAUGGGGUCGUUCAGAAUCGUAUCACAAUACAGAUGCUUCUAAUGUAACUAAUGUUGCAGAAAAUUCAUUUAAGGAGCAAUUUAACAAAGAACAUGACAAAAACAGAGAGUGCAUAAAACAAUGGAUAAAAAAAACAGCUACUGAAUUUUACAGCAAAUACUUUGCAGGAAGUUUGGGUUCAACUCAUCCUGCUCUAAGUGUUUUACAAAGAUUAACACAAGCAUCUGAAGAACUUGCAGCAUUAAGAAGCGACAAUAUCCAUCCAUUAUUAGAACUGUGCAGUGUGUUAAUAAAUGAUAACCAACAGGCAGGUGCAUCACCUUUUGAAAUUGUACACAGUGGCACAGUUACUAAUUUAUUAAGAUAUUUAACUAACAAGGAUGACAAAUCUUCAAAAAGAAGUGCUCGAAUUAAAACAUUUCUCACUGCUUUUCUUGAUAUAAAGAAAAAUGAGAUGAAAACAAAUGAUACAACAAAGAAUUUAAUUAAUUCUGUGCAUAUCUGUGAAAAACCAGCAUUAAUACCAUUAGUCCAGAAACUCAAUCUUUGUGUUAACCAAUUAGAACAGUUUCCUGUGAAAUGUCAUGAUUCUGGUGGUGGUAAUGGAACAAGAGGUGGAACAUCAGCUCUUCGGUUUUUUAACACUCAUCAAAUAAAGUGCUCUCUCAGUCGACACCCAGACUGUACAUCAGUAAAACAAUGGACAGGAGGAGCUGUCAAAAUUGAUCCAUUAGCACUUGUGCAGGCAAUAGAAAGAUAUUUAAUAGUCAGAGGAUUUGGUAGAGUAAAAGAUGAGUUUUCAAAUGAUGUUAGUGACAAUGAUGAUGAUGAUCAAUCUGAAGAUGAAAUCGAAGAAUCCUGGGCUUCCCAAUUGCAAGGCUCUCUCAAUGGAAAACACAUGUUAGAGUUUUCUAUGAAUGGACACAUUUUGCCAUAUAAUAUGACAAUAUAUCAAGCUGUUAGACAAUAUGGAACUACACAGACAGAAGAUAUAAGUGAUACAGAGGAUUACAGCCCAUUUGGUAGAGCUAGUAUAUGGUCUGGAACACAUGUUUUACAUUUCAGACCUAUUAAUCAAACGGAGCCUGUUUUAUCUCCAAAAAGAAUCAAAUCAGAUUCAGCACAUAAAGCAAGCACCUCAGUUUCACUAGAAAAUGGAGAUUUAGAUCCAGCUGAUCAUUUUCUUUGUGAAAAACUACCUUUUGAAAAAUUUAAUGAAGAUCCCUCACUUGAAGUAAUAUGUUUGCUACGUGUUCUAUACUAUCUUAAUAGCAAUUGGGGAGAUUAUUUUGGUCUUCAAGCCUGUAGUUCUGUAGUACCUAAAACUGAGUUUGUUAAUACUAAACUAACAGCAAAAGCAACACGACAACUUCAAGACCCUCUCAUUAUUAUGACUGGUAAUUUACCAUCAUGGCUUUCAGAAUUGGCAGAAGCAUGCCCUUUUAUAUUUCCUUUUGAAUGUCGUCAAAUGCUUUUCUAUGUCACAACAUUUGACCGAGAUCGAGCUGUUAUGAAAUUGCAAGAAACUGUUCCUGAUAUUACUACUAAUGACAGCAGCGAUCGAGUAGCUCCAAGACUAGAUAAAAAAAAACGCACUGUUAACCGUAAUAACAUUUUCAAAGAAGGUGAAUCAUUAAUUAAUGAUUUCACAAAUUCAAAAUCUCUAUUAGAAAUACAAUAUGAAGGCGAGGUUGGGACUGGUCUUGGACCUACAUUAGAAUUUUAUGCUUUAGUUUCAAAAUAUUUUCAACGAAGUGAUAAUGAUAUGUGGAGAGGAGACAAAGUAUCAGUUGUUGAGAGUGAUGGUGAUUCAAAAGGACAGGUUGAAUACUGUAGUACUCUCCAUGGGUUGUUUCCAAUUGCACUACCUAAAAGUAUAAAGAAUUCACAAUUAAACAAGAUUAAAGCGAAAUUUCGUUAUCUCGGAAAGUUUAUUGCAAAAGCAUGUAUGGACUCUCGUAUGAUUGACAUUCCCUUAAGUAGGACGUUUUAUAAAUGGUUGCUUAAACAAGAUAAUACAAUAGAUAUAACAGACUUGAAAUAUGUUGACUCUAUCUUAUAUCAAUCAAUAAGUCAAUUAUAUGAUGUUUGUCUUGAAAAGAAACGCCUUGAAAAUGAUACUUCUUAUUCUAAAGAAUCUUUAAGUUUAGCCUUGAACAGUUUAACUUUAGAUGGUGUUUCUAUUGAAGAUUUAGGUCUUGAUUUUAUAUUACCUGGUACUAAUAUUGAAUUAAAAAAAAAUGGUAAAGAUACAUUAGUAACAGUUGAAAACCUAGAAGAAUAUUUAAAUUUGAUUGUAAAAUACAGCUUACGCGAUGGAGUAGCAAGACAGUUAAAUGCUUUUAAAGAAGGUUUUGAACAAUUUUUUCCGUUGAAAAAUCUCCGAAUGUUUUAUCCAGAAGAAAUGGAACUGCUUUUAUGUGGCUGCAAAAGUGAACAAUGGGUUGCAAAAGAUUUAUUUGAAUGUUGCCGACCUGACCAUGGUUAUACUUCAAGCAGCCGAGCGGUUUGUUACUUGUUUGACAUAUUAAGCAAAUACAAUACUGAAGAGCAAAGGUUGUUCUUACAGUUUAUUACCGGAAGUCCAAAACUACCCGUUGGUGGGUUCAAAAGUUUAAACCCGCCUCUUACAAUCGUCCGGAAGACUGUUGACAACAACGCAAACCCUGAUGAUUAUUUGCCCUCUGUAAUGACUUGUGUUAAUUACCUAAAGUUGCCCGAUUAUUCAAGCCUAGAAAUUAUGUAUGAUAAGCUUAAAAGUGCAUAUAACGAAGGGAAGAACGCCUUUCAUUUAUCUUAGCUGACUCUUCUAAUUUGGUGAAGAUGUUUUGCUCCUAUCUUUUCGAGUUUUUGGGGCUGUAUAUAUAAAUAGAGCUGCGACUAUAUAUUUUUUUUAUUUCAA